AUGGGUGAUCCAGGCCUGGAUCUCACGCGCAGGGCACGUGCUUCCAUCUUCCUCUUCGCUUUCACUCUGUCCACGUUGCUCCUCGCAGAUGGAGGGAAGCUCAUCAGCUUCAGAGACAACGAUCUUCUCGGAGCCGAGAAGAAAUUCCGAGUUUUCAUGGAAACUUACGAGAAGAAGUACUCCAGCAGAGAGGAGUACCUCCACCGCCUGAGGAUUUUCGCCGACAACCUGAUCAGAGCGGCGGAGCACCAGGCCUUGGAUCCCACUGCUGUUCACGGCGUCACGCCCUUCUCUGAUUUAUCGUCGGAGGAGUUUGAGCAGAUGUACACCGGCCUCAAAGGUGGCUUCGGGAUCAAUAAUGGGCUCAGCGACGGCCGGACUGGCGGUGAAGCACCGCUCUUGGAUGUUGAAGGUCUGCCGGAGAACUUUGACUGGAGAGAAAAAGGGGCCGUUACUGAAGUCAAGACGCAGGGCGCAUGUGGAUCAUGCUGGGCUUUCAGCACCGCAGGAGCUUUAGAAGGAGUCCAUUUUAUCGCACCGGAAAGCUUUAUCGCAACCGGAAAGCUUGUGAGUCUUAGUGAACAACAGCUUGUAGACUGCGACAACAAGUGUGAUAUAAAAGAGAAGACAGAAUGCGACAGUGGAUGCAGAGGAGGUCUGAUGACAAAUGCGUAUAGGUACUUAAUGGAGGCAGGUGGGUUGGAAGAAGAGAGUUCUUAUCCCUACACUGGAAGACGAGGCGAAUGCAAGUUCGAUCCUCAGAAAAUAGCCGUUAGGGUCUCCAACUUCACCAACAUCCCUGUGGACGAAUCUCAAAUUGCUGCCUACUUAGUCCACCAUGGCCCUCUUGCCAUGGGAAUAAAUUCGGUGUUCAUGCAAACAUACAUAGGGGGAGUGUCGUGUCCUCUUAUAUGCAGCAAGAGAAGGUUGAACCAUGGGGUGUUGCUGGUUGGGUAUGGAGCCAAAGGGUUCUCUAUUCUGAGGCUGAAGAACAAACCUUAUUGGAUCAUCAAGAACUCAUGGGGAAACAAAUGGGGCGAGCAUGGCUACUAUCGCCUGUGCCGCGGCCACACCAUGUGCGGCAUGAACACCAUGGUCUCCGCCGCAAUGGUCCCUCCCAUCCACACUGCUCAAUCCCUUGCUUCUUAUUAG